UUAAAUCCCCCCAUUAAGGUUCGGUAGAGUUUCAAAAAGACCCCCGGUAGGAAAAGUGUGCCAAUAAAAAUUAUAAGAGAAUCUCUAUCAUAUUCACAAGGCGCCAUGGAUUCACUCACCUUUGAAGACUUCCUUACCCUCCACAAACCUCAGCUCGAUGCCGCUGGUGUGCCUUCACAUCUGUGGGAAGCACUUUACUCAAAGCUUGUGAAUCAAGUAUUUGAUGCUGGUGAUAAAUUUUCUAUGUUUAUGAUUGAUUAUGAGGACAAGCAACGCGGUGAAGGAGAUCCCCUUUUCAGUGUGUUUGUUUCCACUCAGAAUGGUAUUAAGGUCUCUGAUCCAAACCACAUCUAUUUAGUCGACCAUGCCUGGACUUUUACGGCAAAUCAGGCCCAGGAGCACUUGCAGCUUGUCCCUUUGCUUCUUCAACGAAUGGCAAAGUUGAUGGGAUGUGAAGGGGAUAUCUCUCAAGAAGAAAUGAUGAAUUAUGUUUUGAAACACAUGUGGAAUUACAGUCAGACAUACUCUGUUGGAAAUAGUGUAAAUGUGGAAGACAGACUGCCAGUGUGGUAUGUCAUGGAUGAAUUUGGAUCUGCCAUUCAACAUUCAGCUGAUCCUAACUUUCGUUUGGUUCCUUUUGUGUUCUGUCCGGAGCAAGUCACUUACUCAAUUCUUUUCCCAAUCAAUGAUGUGGGAUACAAUGAGGAAGUCACAAGAGAUUAUAUUGAAGGAUGUUUGCAAAAAGAUGAGGAUUCUAAAAGAGCCCUCUUACUUCCAUGGAUCCCAGCUAAAUUAACUGAGUUGAGUUUUGUUCAAGAAGAACCAUUACCAAAAUAUUUUCUUGAAGGCCAUGAAGCGGAAACACUUCCAGCUUUAGAGCCAACUGAAUUUCCUGAUAUCAGUGAUACUUCCAUAGUGUGGAAAGUCUUUGCACAGUAUAAAUAUAUCCAUGAGUACCUUAAUCACCCUCGCUUCAUAUUCACUGACAAUGAAAAUGAAGCAGAUAUCCUUUGGACAACAACUCACUUCAAAAAAUUCAAGGAAUUCAGUCAAUCAAGUCCUAACAAAUUUAUUAACCAAUUUCCAUUUGAGCAUGUUCUCACUGUCAAAGAUUUGCUUAGUGUUGUCUGUCGUAGGAAACUUUGUAAAGGAGUGAAAACAUUUGAUGAGGAUUCUUUGGAAACUUAUCCACCUUGGCUUCCAACAACAUUCAACUUGAAAACUGAGCUACCCAAAUUUGUCAGCUAUUUCCAACAGAGAGAGGAAAAAGGACUUGACAACCUGUGGAUAUGCAAGCCAUGGAACCUUGCAAGAGGUUUGGACAUGCACAUCACAAACAAUCUAAACUACAUCUUGCGACUGCCGUUUUCUGGUCCAAAAAUUGCACAGAAGUAUUUACACAAUCCAGUCUUAUUUUCAAGGCCAGAAAUUGGAAGAGUCAAAUUUGAUUUACGUUAUGUUGUACUGCUUAAAAGUGUUCAACCUCUAGAAGUGUAUGCGUACCGCCACUUUUUUCUCCGUUUUGCAAACAAACCAUUUGAGCUGUCAAACUAUCAUGACUAUGAAAAGCAUUUCACUGUAAUGAACUAUAAUGAAGCUCAGCUGUGCAAAAUGCUUCAUAGUGAAUUCAUUGUUGAAUUUGAAAAGCAAUAUCCCACCUAUUCCUGGGCAGAAGUAGAGAAGGAAAUAUUUGAUAUGUUGCAUGAAGUUUUUGAAUGUGCUACAUUGAAGAGUCCUCCUUGUGGUAUUGCAUCAAGCCCUCAAUCAAGAGCAGUGUAUGCAGUUGACCUUAUGUUAGAUUGGCAACAUUGCUCUAGAGGGAAAGACAAGAUACAACCAAAAUUGUUGGAAGUUAAUUGGACUCCAGACUGCAAAAGAGCAUGUGAGUAUUACCCCAGCUUUUACAACGAUAUUUUUGCCCUCCUCUUUCUGAAUGAAACUAAUGAUAAAGUUUUUGCACAACUCUAACAAGCUGUAAAGGUAACAAAAGUUUUAUUGGGGGAUUGUCUGAAAUAUUGUAUAUAUUUUUAAAAGUUAAAGUAUUAAAUAAAUAAAACUAUUUUUUAGAAAUA